CAGAAACCCUAAACUGUCGACAGGAUAAGAUAUAGCUAUUUUGUUUCGUUCCCUAAACUUUGGACAAAAUCGGAGGAAUUAAGAUACAGCUAUUUACUAUUUUGUUUCUUCUUCUAUGAAAUGGAAGAAAGUGAUGAGAUAAUACAUCAUCCUCUUGGAAAUCUAGAGUAUAGAGCAAUAGAGCUGGAGAAUGGGUUAACUGCUUUGCUCAUUAGUGAAAACAACUUGGGUGAAGGGGAAUCUUAUGCAUCUGCAUCAAUGGUAGUCAGAAUCGGGUCCUUCCAUGAUCCUCCAGAUAUUCCUGGCCUCUCACAUUUCCUGGAACACAUGCUCUUCAUGGGCUCUGAGAAGUACCCAGGCCAUAGCGAUUUUCUUAAUUUCUUGAGCGAGCAUGGAGGCUCAUCAAAUGCGCAAACAUUCAUGGAGCACACUAAAUUCUAUUUCCAAGUUCAGGCAGAGUUUCUUGAAGGUGCUCUGGAUAGAUUUUCACAGUUUUUUAGUGCACCUCUCCUUGAAGCAGAUUGUAUGAAACGUGAGAUAUCUGCAGUUGACUCAGAAUUUCAGUUACGCAAGGAAGAUGAUUAUCUCCGACUUGAAGAACUCAGGGCCUAUACAUCCAAGAAAGGGCACUUGUUUAACAGAUUCACUUGUGGUAACAAAGAAUCUCUCAACAAGGAAGAUCUCCGGGAACGUGCUAUAGAAUUAUACAAUGAAUGUUAUACUGGUGGGGCAAUGAAGCUUUGUGUUAUAGGAGCAGACAGUCUCAGUGUACUCGAACGAUGGGUGAGGACAUUUUUUGGUGAUGUUAAGAAAGGACACCCAAAAAAUAUACCUUCAUUCAACCCCAGAGACCGUGUAUGGGACACUUCAGUAUCGUACGGGAUGAAAGUUGCUGGAGAUGGACACAUUCUUGAGCUCUCAUGGAUUCUACCCCCUCUAUCCAAAAACACUUAUUUGGAAAGGCCAGAACAAUAUCUAGUCCAAUUAUUAGCUCAGCAGGGUAAAGGAAGCUUGUCUUACUUCUUCAAGGACAAUGGAUGGACAAAUUUUUUACAAGUCAAAGAGAGUUUUGAAGGAUGGUUUUGCACAUCCAUAGGCCGUAUGAUUAUCAUCUCUAUGGAUCUCACUCUUUCGGGCUUAGAAAAGAGAUAUCAACUCAUUCGUUAUGUAUAUGAGUAUCUCAAAUUGAUACAAGAUAAGAAACCACAACGAUGGGUCAUGGAAGAAUACUGGAAGAUUAAGCAAAUGGAUUAUGAUUCUCUUGAGAUGGAUUUAAAUCAACUGGAAUUUGCUAAACUUCUCUCAGGUAACAUGUUGCAUUAUCCAUUGACGCAUGUUAUAUCUGCGGACUAUUCCAGCAAUUGGAACUCCGAAGCAAUUCUGGAAUUGUUGGAAUAUUUUACUCCAGAACGAAUGAGGAUUGAUUUUGCUUCGAAAUCAGUCGAUGGAAAAGAUCUCAAAACUGAACCAUGGUGCAACUCAGUCUACUUGGAAGAACAAAUACCACUUGAUUGUAUAGAGGCAUGGAGGAAAACCUCUCGAGUAGAUGCUUCCCUAUUUUUCCCAUCUGAGAAUAAGUUCAUUCCAACUGCCUUCAAGGUAAGAGAACAUGAAGAGGAGGACCUUCAUCCCAGAUGCAUCCUGCAAACGCCAAAAAUAAGGCUCUGGCACCAGUGUGAGGAAUCGUCAUCAACAUAUGCAUACUUCCGUGUCUAUCUCAAGGAUGGAUAUAGCAGUCUGGAGAAUCAUGCGAUGGCUGGUCUAUUUACAGAACUUCUUAAUGAUGAACUAAACGAAAUAUUAGACCAGAGCGAUGAAGCUAAACUUUGCUCUUCAAUAUCACUACGUGGUGACCAACUGUUUUUGGAAGUCUUUGGCUAUAGAGAGAAGCUGAAUCUCUUGCUAUCGGAAAUUUGGACGAGAGUCAUGGGUUUCUCACCAACAGCUAAACGCUUUGAGAUUAUAAAAGAGAAAACAAUGAAAGAUCUGAAGAAAAUGUCACUUGAGGAAGGAUCUGACCGUAUGAUGCUCCAAAUACUAUGUAAAAAGUUCUAUGGCAUAAAUAAGAAGUUGCAGGUGCUGAAGGAAAUUUCUUUUCCUGACCUUGAAAUAUUCAUUUCUCAUAUGCGUUCCCAGAUAUUCAUCGAAGGUCUAUGCUAUGGUGAUGUGUUAGAGACUGAAGCAUUGGAAAUUUCGGAAAUAUUCAAAACUCCACAGCAAGUAAAGCCACUCCCAAACAAACUUAGACACAAAAUGCGCAUGCGCAGACUGCCUCGUCGGGCCAAGCUUAUAAAUGUCAAGGUGUCUGACAGUAAUAAUUUGCUGAAGAUUUACUUCCAAAUCGGUAAAAAAAUGAGGAUGAAAGCAAUGGUAGAUCUGUUUAAUGGUAUCAUAAAGGAGAUGAUAUUCAGUCAACUAAGGAAUAAGGAGCAGCUUGGUUAUAUUGUUGAUUGCUCACCUCACUUGAUGGGUGGAGUUAACGGUUUCAGUAUAUAUGUUAUAUCUGCAAAUCGUGAUCCUAUUUAUCUUUUCAAGCAAGUACGUCGUUUCGUAUACACCAUUAAAGAUCGGCUGGAAGAUGUUCCUGACGGAACUUUCCAAGAUUACAAAAGAGGGGUGAUUUUGAGUUUGGAAGAUGGCAUAGAUGCUCAAUGGAAAGAUAUUGUUAGCAAACGCUACACAUUCGAUUCCUACUCGAGAGAAACUGCGGAAAUAGAAACGAUCCAGAAGGAAGAUCUUAUCAAGUGGUACAGCAAGUAUUUUAGAGUAUCAUCGCCUAGUUGCCGUCGGCUUGCUCUAUGCCUUUGGGGAUGUGACACGGACAUGAAGAGGAAUAGUCAAAGGUGCGCGAGUCGCAAGAUUUUUAGACUGAAGAGACGUUUGAAGCGUUUGACCAAACGUAAAUCCACCACCUAAAACCUCUCGUGCAAGAAACUUCAUCAACUUGCAAUGCUUUAUGACUUGAACUUUUUUUUAUAUGUGAUGAGAUAUUUUGAGAA